CCUUUGUAAUCUGGGUUGUUUUGCAGGUUUUAAACCCCCCAGAUAACAGAACGUUACAUGUAGGUUAACUUGUUGUCGGGAAAAACUUAAUAACGAGUUGUAAAUGCUGUUAAAGUUUACACUGUAGGCGGUGCGAGACCCGAGAACAACGGAAUUUUUGAAGCGGGGAAUCCCCUGCAUAUUUCCUCUCAUUCUGACUAAGAGGGAUUCUUCAGAAUUGGAGUUUCUGACCUUGCAGAGGUGUAGUUGUAAUUUUGUAUAUCACAAGACACUGUUGUGGCUGGCAAGAAAGCUGUCCUCAGCUGUUAUCUCAAGCUUGAUUCCACGUGGAAACAAAAGUGAAGAAUGGUUGUGUCUACAAGGUCAGUUAAGGUCCGACUGCCUUCCGUAAUACUGGAAGCCGUUGCUCCUGCCAGACAUCGCAGAAAGAAAAGGAGUAAGCGUCGCUCUCUGUGUGCACGGCCCAAGAAAAACAAGAAGAUGCACCUGUCCCAUACUGGAUAUGCUGGUAGUAUCAACGCCUAUGUCCCCGCGACAUUGACAGACGAUUUCCCCCUGAGCUUGCGUCCGACGGAGAGACAGCGUAUGAAACCGUGGCUGGUGGACCAAGUUGAGAGUCGGUCAGUCCCUGGCUUGGAGUGGCACGACAAGGCCAAAACCAUGGUGCGCAUUCCUUGGAAACAUGCAGCACAGAAUAGUUGGAAAGAGGGAUCUGAUGCCUGCCUCUUCAAACGAUGGGCUAUCCACACAGGUAAACAUCAUGACGGUAAGGACCACCCGAGCCCAAAGAGAUGGAAGGCGAACUUUCGUUGUGCUCUGAACAGUCUCCCUGACGUGAUCGAGGUACCCACCAUGGGGAAAAAAAAAGGCAGCGACGCGUUCAAAAUAUACAAACUUUGCCGGGACAAACAGGAAAAACAACAAUUAAAAAGAUUCUACAGAGGGCAAUCUAAAUACAACGUUUGUGAAAUGACUGAUGCCCAUGUGCCACCAAGAGGAAACGUUUAUGCACGGAGCUUUAGUGACCCAUCUCAUUCGGCUAACCACGCCCAGUAUAAAAAGUACCGAGGUGGGAACGGCAAGCCGGCAGCAUACACUAAGUAUUUAGAAAACAGUCGCCAUCGCUCCCUCUCUGCCCCGGGAAGUGCUGUGAAGGAGGAAGAGAGUUUGGGGAACACGUGUCGAUAUUCCAACGGUCCGCUUCCCGAUCACGACUACACUGCACCGCAAGGUAGUAACCCAGCUACCGUUAUGACAUUUAACACCGCUUUGAACAGCGGGGGGCAACUGUAUGAUACCUCGGCCAGGGGUGCAGGCACCACGUACAGCAUGGCCGUACAGCCCUACGUGAACUUAAAGAGAGAGAUGAGCAGAGGGAAUGACGGUUUGCCGCCAUAUCAGGACAACCUGAGGGGGGCAGGGAACGAUGAUGCUAAUGGUUCCAGCGACACGGACAGCAACCUAACUGAUGAACAACUGGUGGAGAUGAUAGACGAGAUGGAGAGGACCAGUAGCCCGGGGACCACCAGUCCCUUUGAACAGCCGGACUCCUGGCGGUACACAGAGGGGGACGGGGGAAAGGACUACUAUGUGAACUCUACAGUAUCCGCAAAUGCACCACCUUCCUUUCCGACUACUACAGUUUUUCAUGCUAGAGUAACAACACGGACAGAAGUACAGAUGGAAAGCAACCACCUUGCCACCCCCGCCUUUGAAGUUGAAAUCCCUGCUGGAGAUAUUGAUGUGAAUCUCAGCAUUGGAGAGAACAUCCUAGAAAACUCCCAGUACUCCAGAGCCUUGCCUACCACCAUGGCCAACAACUGCGACGACUUCGUCACACUCACCUCCGUCCAGGCGGACGUCAAGUAACACUCGGUACAAAUGACAACAUUUCCAACAAAUCAAACAAUGCAACAGAAACUGACAGCUGUAAAUAAACUGUACAUAGACAGUACAAGAUAAUCACUUGACCAUUGUGUCAUUCUUACCAGUGAUUCUCCUUGUGCAGCUGUAUAUAUGCCAUACUCUGUGCAAUAGUAAGAACAGCAAAUGCACAUUAACCUGCUUCAAAAACAUUAUAAAAGGGCUCUUUUAAUUCUUUUUUGCAUUUCACAUGCUUUGCCAGUGAUGUUGUAUAGUGACAUUGACUUUCCGGUGGAUAAAGAUGCAGCCAUUUGAAAUAGCUGAUCGAUUUUUUUUUCUUUAGAUGUAACUUUGAAAUUUUGAAUUCAACUCACACGAUCCUUAUAUGACAGAAGACUGAGUGCAUUUCUUACCAAAUUAAGUAUAAUGCUUUGGCUUUUUUCCUUUUUUUCCACAGAAAAUGAAUAUUUCUGAAGAAAUAUACAUACAUGUAUAGUUACCAGCUGUGCUGUUAAAAAUGUAAACCAUAUUCUAGAUGUAGUUGUAGACAUGAAAUUGUUGUGUUAACUUUAAGCUGGACUUAAAAAAUGCCCAUAAAAGCUUUAAGGACUCACUGAACAGACUGCUUGUCUUAAAAUAUAAAAUCAUUGUUUUGUGGUAUAUGUGAUAUUCAAUACUAAUAUAUUAGAUAGGUCCACAAAGUCUGGGCUGUUUGUACAUAAAUAUACCAGUGGAUCAAGUUUGAAAGAGAUUUAAACUUGGUCUUGUGUCAACUUAUACUUCAUUUAAAGAAUAAAAAUAUAUGAAAAAAAAUCUGUCUUGACGGUGAUCCAUGUUUACUGCUUUGGCUACAGAAGAAAGUACAUGUAGUCUACUCACUUUCUUGGACUCAAUAAUAUUCGAGCUUUACUUGACUUCAAACAAAUUUCAGAUAAUAUAUAUAUAUAUACUGACAGUCAAU